CACAAAUUCUCCCUAACCGCAGCGCUUUUGGCAUACAGAUAUUGCAAGGCUCUUCUGGCGUGGGUGCUCCAACUACUUCUUCUUCGACAGGCUUUGAGAGACUUUGAGCAGCUGCUAUUUUUGUCCCAGCUUCCCUCCUCCGUCUGGGCCUUGUUGCCGUUCGACCAGCUCUUCCUUGUUCCACCGCCCACGCUUGUGCUUGCUUUCCAAGCACGCCUGUCCAGUGUUCCGUCUUUGUUCCUCUUGUUUCUGUGGAGUUGUGUGAGCAGCCGAGCCGGCGGCCGGCCCAUUGCUAGUCGUUUGGUGGCGUGUCGCCAUGGACAGUGCCACACCUGGUGCAUACGUGUGCACCCCGAGCGCAGCAGGCCAAGAUGGCCAGCAAGUAUGGAUCCUGCGCGUCAAAGGCACACGGUCCAUCUACGAAGAGCGAGUGCAGCGCGCAUUGGGGGAUUUGUUCUACAUGCCUGCCAUGGAUGCAUACGCAAGCAGCUUCGAGGACUUGGCAAAGCAACUGCUUAGUUCACAUGGCGAUGAUCAGGCAAAGACAAACGUGCACCAACACCAUCGCCAACAGCAACGUGCUGGCAGCGGCACGCACAGUCGCAGCAGCAACAGCCACAGCAACACACCAAGCGCACGGAGCAGUGCACAGCAAGGCUCGCCACCACCACUUCCAUCGGUUGCCCAGCCCUCCUCCGCCUCAUCAGCGUCAUCUCCAUGGUCACAGGCACCACGGCCACACCACGCCCCUGUUCCCACCACAUACACAUGCCCGCUGUGCCAGGCUACGUUCACUGUCCUGAAGGAGGCUGAGGUGCACUCGAGCGCGUGUCAGGGCAGCGGCUCGCACGUGCCGCCAUCGCCGCCGCCGCCACCACGCGACACAUCGACAGGACCAGCAACGCCGCAGGCACGCGCGGCCAGCAGUGCGAGCAGUGCCACCACCGCCGCCACCACCAGCACCAGCCAUCUUGAUGUGCCGCCACCGCCGCCAUCAACAACGACGUCGCCCGCCGCGGCGUUAGCACCAUCAUCAUCAUCACCAUCAUCGUCGCCACCGGCACACACGCGCGUUGGUGGCGAGCAGGGCACCACCCCAUAUGGCACACCAUCAUCACAACAGCAGCGGCAGCAGCGACCGCGUGUUGUCAACGAGUGCACGCACACGCACGUGCUGUGGUUGCAUGAUAGGGAGACAAACGAAGGAAAGCUGGAGCGUGUUGUUCGGGAAUGCACUGCAACGGGGCGAGCAUACGUGGAUCACGCCUUCCCACCGUCAGACAAGUCGAUAUCGGGGUCUCUCCGCACAGCGCAGGAGAUUCGGUGGAAGCGGCUGCUUGAGUUUGAGCGGCGCCAAGAGCCGCUGGUGGUACAUGAUCGCCCGGCGCCCCUCGACGUCGUCCAGGGACAAAUUGGAAACUGCUGGUUCAUCAGUGCGCUGUCGGUGUUGGCGGAGCGUGAGGAGCUUGUACGAAACCUCUUCUUCACGCAGAACACCUCCCCAUUCGGUGUCUACCAGGUUCGGCUGUGCAAAGACGGAGAGUGGACGGUGGUGCUUGUGGACGACUACGUGCCCUGCGACGCCAACAACCGCCUCCUCUACUCGAGUUUCUCCCGCAACCAAAUCUGGGCGCCGCUGGUUGAGAAGGCCAUGGCGAAAUUGCACGGGAGCUACCAAGCGCUGGCAGCAGGCAGCAUGUGUGAAGGGUUCAGCACACUCACGGGUGCGCCAUGCGUGACCAUCAACUUGCAAGCAGACAUGGUCGACGAGGCAGACACGUGGACGCGUGUCAGCAGCUGCUUCGACGCCAACUACCUGAUGGGGGCGAGCAUUGACGGCAACGCAGACCCCGCCGUUGCAGCACGAUACAGAGCUGCGGGACUCACCAUGGGCCACGCGUACUCGAUCCUGCGCGUGUGUCAGGUUGGCGGCCACCGGCUGAUUCAGUUCCGCAAUCCAACGGCGUCCAUGUCGUGGCGCGGGCCCUGGGCUGACGACUCGCCCACAUGGACACACGAGCUCAGGCUGCUGUUGGCGCCGGGGGACAAUGCGCACGGGAUCUUCUGGAUGGCAUGGGAGGACGUGCUGCAGUACUUCACCGCAAUCGACAUCUGCAAGGUUCGCGAUGACUGGUACGAGGCGCGGGCGAGCGGCUAUUUCGCAUCCAAUCCAACCGACGAAACGACGGGAUUCCUCGUCACGCUCGAGGAUGCUGUGAUUCUGCAGAUAUCACUGUUCCAGAGCGGGCUGCGCGCUGCGACGGACGUGUAUGAGACGCAAGACAUGGGGCUGAUGGUGUUUCGUCUCAACGACGCUGCCGGGGGCCUGCGUAUGGCGCAGGUUGUCACGGGCACCAACAGGACCGUUGACACGCGUCACUGCUGCGAGACGUCUGUGCUGUCGCCCGGGCGCUAUUUUGUUGUGCCGUACUCGCUGAAUUGCCUGCACUCGCGCGCGCCGCCGCGCCGGUUCAUUGUGAGCGUGCAUGCGGGGAAGCAUGUGACGCUGCGGCCCCAGCAGAUCUCGGCAGUGGACUAUGGGCAGUGCCUUCUCAAGCUUAUUCGGCACUUUGGCGAGAAGACGGAGUUUGUGGACAACAUGUGGUUCUACAACUUCAAGUCGAUGCUCGCUGUUGUGAAUGCACAUCCACAACAACACCUCGUGUGCUCCGUGGAAGCGAGUGACAUUGUGAACAUGGUGAGCUCGCGCGACAUCUUCUUCGUGCAGACAUGCACGUCCCCGCUGUGCCAGCAGCUGGUGGCGUGCUACACAGCCCAGGUUGCCGAGCACAGCAGUCGCAUCACCUUCAACUUCAAGUUUGAAGCGCACGACCACGCGUGCGAGAACGUGCCGCCGCCGCAGCCAAACGACAUGCACCACCAGCAGUACAUUCCCGGGGUGGAGGCACGAUACGGAGGUAGCUCAUAUGCGCGUGUGGCCAGCACACCCUCUGCAGCACACCACCACCAACAGCAACAACGACAGCCGCAGCAGCAUCAACGACCACAGCCACAGCCACCUCAGUCACAGCAGUCGUGUACACCACAGUGACACUGUACUUUGUCCGGCGCUCCGCGUUACCUGUCUUGCUAUUGCACACCGCUUUGAUAAGGGACCUUGCUUUCAGUUGCUUUGUUGAUGUGACAAACGAACUUGUUGUGGUUGAUGUGUGCGCGAAUGUUGCUGCGUGUCUGUGUGUUUGUGUGCACAUUUGUUGCUGUGUGGUUGCUGUUGCUUCUUGCUCGUUGGGAUAACUUAUCCGUCUUGUCUGUGUUGUAUUGUUGUAUUGUUGUUCCAUGACUGCGCUGAACAACAUGUUGUUAGUGGAGAUGAACCAUCAAACCUGUACAUUUCUCGUAUUGGUUGCCUCGUGCUCUGUUGUCUUGUUACAGUUCUGACAAGUGAUUAAACAGCAUCAUGAAAUGAA